ACCGGAAAUAUGUCGGACUGAAGAGAGCUCAAUCCCUAGAGAGACAACCGUAUACGGAUCAAGGUUUUACGAUUUCAUCAACUCGCAACCCUAAUUCCUCUUCUUCUUUCUCAUCCAAAUUUGAAUAGGAAUCAUGGACUCUCUGGCUACUGGUGGUGAUACGAAGGCUGGGUUUCGUAAGCCUUCAAAUGACGCAACCAACCGAAAGUAUAGGCGCCGCUCUCCAUCUAGCGGCUCCUCUUCCUCAGAUGGGAGCCCGAGACAUGAUCGUAGCUCUAGCCCAAUGAUUUCCAAGGAAGAUUUGUCAAAAGAUUCUGACUCUCGUAGGAGGAAAGCUGAUGGGAGAGAUAUGGACAGGACUCACGUUGGACGAAACAGUGAUUCAUAUAAAUCUUCAAGGAGUUCUCGUGGUGAUUAUCGCAGGCAUGAUGACCAUGAUAGACACAAGUCUUAUUCUGAUCGGACAAGGCAAGAAAAUGAUCAGUAUAGAUCUAGAGACCAUUUGGGUAAUAAGGAUAGAAACUACUCUGGACAUAGAAGCAGCAGAGAUAAUAGAGAGAAGGAAACCUUGUCUACUGAACACAACAAGUACAAGGAUUCCGCCUCUCAUAGAACUGGAUCUGAUAAUCGCGAUGCAAGGAAGGACUACUUGAGGAAUUCGGGUGAUCGGAAAAACAACCAUUCACAUCUUCAUGAAGAAUCAAGGGGACAUAGAAGUGAAACAAGCUCACAGAAGAACACUGAUGGCCAUCAAUCAAAAGAAGUUUCCAAAGUUGUCUAUGAAGAAAUGAAUGAUGAGAAGAAUAACAAAGAGGAAAAGAAGAAGGAUAGUGAGAAUUUGGGAAUGGGUAGGACCAAAGACCAAGGAGAACAUUUAGUAAACUCGGAAUCUCCUUCCAAAAAAGCUAAGUUCCUCGGUUUUGAGAAAGCUGGUGGAGGGCAGUCCUCGAGUUUGAAGCAAAGCGGGGAUGUUGUUGUUAGUAAGAUGACCACACAGCCAGCUCUAACUUCUGAUGAUAUAGACGCAGCAAAGGUUGCUGCAAUGAAAGUAGCAGAGUCAGUUAACAGGAACCUUAUCGGCACUGGCUUCAUGACUGCUGAUCAGAAGAAAAAGCUACUAUGGGGGAAUAAAAAGAAUACUGUUUCAGAAGAGCAGCCUGGUAAUAAUAGAUGGGAUUCAUCUCUGUUUAAUGACCGUGAGCGAGAAGAGAAAUUUAAAAAGCUCAUGAGUCUGAGGUUGGCUUGGUGCAUAUGGCCCAUUAUUGUAGGGUGUAAAGGGAGAGCAGAAGAAGACAGAUCAGGGUCAUCAAGAUCAAGCUGCCGACAAGCAGAGGGAGGAACAACUGCAGCUGGACUUGGAGAAGCAGUACACUGCUGGACUUCGUCGCAGAGAUGGACGCACAGUUGGCCUUGGCCUCUGAGGACGACGAGGAAGAAGAUCAAGAUCAUCUUUGGGGUUUUGUUUUAUAAAACUUAUGCUAAUGUAGUUAUUGUCAUUCGAAUGCUCUUUUUACCUUUUAUAGAACUUUUGUGUCAUUGGACACAGAAUGCUUGGAAAUGUACUGCCCUACCCAACAUUAUUAUAGAUAGUGGUUUCAUUUUAAAACACACUUUUGUUAUAGAGAGUUAUUCUCAAAGAAGCCUGUUGACUUGGUAAAUUAAUCUCUACAGGGCAAAUCUCUCUUCUAAAUGAAUCUUUUUACACUUA